AUGUUUUCAGUGUUCUCAAAGAAACACUUGAAAAAACAACAUAACCUUCAAGGGCAACAAUGGUUAGCACAAAAACACGCACAGGUUGAAGCACAGGCUGCCGCACAGCAACAAGAGGAAGAAGAACCUUAUUCUGCAGAACCUUAUCAAGACGAUAACAAUUCACCCAAUGCCAUCAGCAACAAUCAAAAUACUACUCACUCUUAUAAUGGACUGCAGCACAUGAACUCUUUUCAAAACUUACGAACGCCUCAAAGUCAAAUGGCAAAAACAUAUCAAAUACCACAAGAUGUCAAAAUUCAAUUUGACGGGGAACAAAGUGAUACUUGUGUUUUGAUUUCGGGACUCUACCCUGAUUCUCUUAGCAUACCACUUCCAGGUGGCCGUGAAUUGACGAUUGUGGAUAACUGGCGUGAUGUUCGUUAUAUCGUGGAGGAUCCAAUUGUCGUUAGUACAAAUUCAUUGGGAUCGAUUCAUGAUAGAGCCGUAGAGACAUUCUAUCAGUUAAUAGGGGGACAAGUGGAUUAUGGACAGUCGCAUUCUUCAAUGUGUGCACAUAAACGAUAUGGUGAAAAAUACGAAGAAGGACUUUUCCCCGAAUGGAAUGCCGACAAUCCAAUUGUAUUAAUCGGAAAAGGAACCGGCGGUACAGUUGCUCAUUAUUUACAGCAUCUUAUUUCCACGGACUACUUUGGCAAAUCUACAUCAGGAAAUUGGGUUAAAGCUGUAGUCUGUCUAUCUGCUCCUCAUCGUGGCUCGGUGCUUCCGUAUAUCCUUGGUCUCGUUCCCGGAACAAAAACAUUCGUUUCCGAGUUUUCGCCACUCCAUUUUUUCUGGAUUCUUAUCCACUUAAUCUGUUACUUCACGUUCUUGGAUACACUUUUUGGCUUCAAAUUGAAUGACAAAUGGCCAUUAGCUAGAUCGAAAGAAGGAGGGGAACAAACUUUAUGGAACUCUCUUUGUGCAAGAAGUCCUCUUACGCGUUGUGGUGAUAAUUUUUUGUUUGAUUUAUCCGUUGAGGGCACUAGAUCGAGAUACGCAGCAGAGGAUUGGAAACGACAACAUUUAGAUCCCGGAGUUGUUUACAUUAAUUAUGUCACCACUGGUCAAUCAUGGAGAUCAAGAGAGACGGGAUAUCAUUGGCCUCGAUUCAGCUGGCGUAAUUGGCCAAACGCAAUAUUCUCUCUUAUCCUGGGCAUAGGUCAAUAUCCAUUCACACGUGAAACUGAACAACAAGUCCUUCGAACUUCUUCAUCAAACUUCUGGGAGAAUGACGGGACAUUAAGUGUCUAUUCGCAACUUCCUCAACCUCAUCAACCAAUCGCCAUGAACAUCGCUCUCCCCGAAAAAUUAUUUGAUCCGAUCGACCAUGAACUUAAAUCCGGAUCUUGGUACAACGUCUACGUGGAAGAUCUUUCACACACAGUAUUGUUCGAUAAAGAACCAUUCCUGCUUACAAUUCCAUUCGUAAAUGCGUUCUUGGAAUUGGCACUCAUGCAGCGGUUAGUCGAUUGGUUCGAGAAAAACAGCGAACAAUUCGAAGAAUAUUAUAUGACAAGUGUUGAAUUUGUCGAGCGAGCGAUGAUGAAUUUCCGAAUGAUAUUGAGGUGGACAGCUAAUGGAAAAUCAUCGAAGCGAUCUUCUGUUACGAAAUUCUCUAAUGCAAAUAAUGCAAAUAAGGUGAUGACAAAAGGAAUAACGACUCCGAUGUAUUCGAACGCAACACAACCAAUUCUACCUUUCCCACACGCCGAAAAAUACCAAGCUGUUCAUAGAUUUGAAAAUCACGCAAGCGAUAAAGCAGGAAUUGAAUGGAUUCGACGUAUUGAAACGAUGGAAGUGAUUAACAGUCCAAGUAAAAUGAUUUUUUGGAUGAAACAAUUAGAAAAGAGCUCGGGAAAUAUUAACAACAAAAACAACGACAAUAAUGCAAGUAAUAAUAGUAGUCAUCUUCAAAAUCAGCGUGAAUUCAACUCUUAUAGUCCGACAAAUCGUGGACAUAAUCCAUCUCCUUUAUCAAAGUCCUCAGUAACGUUUUCACAACCAAUAAUAAACCACAAUAAACCAAAGGUUGCAUAUCCUUUUGCCGCGACUAAUGUUUCCUCGGCUUUCGCAGCUGGUGAUGGGCCAAUGUUUAUUAAUAAAGCACGACGAAGAAAGACCGCAGAUGAGUAUAAAGCUGAUGUAAUAGGGAAUUCAGGCGGAUUGGGAGUUUUAUAA